GGCGGCGGCGGCGGCGUCUCGCCCGCGAAGCUUCCCGGCUCCUGCUGCGGAGGGAGAGGCGUCGGCGUCGGAGGAGCGCGAGAGGGGCUGCUGCUGCUGCUGCUCCUGCCCGGGCUGCGUCAGAUCCCCGGCCCCUCCUCCCUCGCCAUCCUGGAUGGGGAAGCGCCCGGCGCCCGACGGCCCCGCCGGGACUGCUGCGCGCACGAGCCUCGCCGCCGUUCCGGAGCCGGCUGCUGCGUCGGCGAAGCCUGCUCCGUUUUGCCGGGAGGAUUGGCGAGGAGGCCGGGAGUCCCAGGGGCUUUCUGAUCUAGUCGGGGGCGGCGAAGGGGCCGGGGCCUGAGUGUGUCACAUUGCCUGGAAGAGGAGGGUGUCCGGCGGCGCCGGCGGCGGCUGGAGAACCACGCAGGCAGGCAAGCGCCUCUUGUGUGUGUGUGUCUGACUGUCUCUCCCUUUCUGUCUCGGCUCCUCCGCCAGCUGCCAGGUGCGCCUGCUCCGCCUGCGCGCUCCCUUUGCCUCCUCUCUCUCUCCGUCCGGGGCUCCUUAAAAUAGUGCUCGUUCAAUGCACCAGCCUGACUCAGCGGCAGACACCAGCGUCGGGAAGAUGGCGCACCCGGAGAUGCUUCCUCGGAGGGGCAGCAGCGGCGGCGGCGGCGGCGGCGGAGGAGGAGGCAGCAGUAGCAGCAGCAGCAACAGCGUCGCGGUGCCGGCCUUGUGUCCGGCAGGCAUCGGCGUCGGAGGCAGCAGCAGCAGCAGCAGCGGCUUGGAAGAUUACCCGCCGCCCUUGCUGGUUCAGCCGCCGCCUCCUCCUCCUCCCUCCUCCGCAGCGCCUUCGUCUUCUCCCGGGCUGCCUCCUCCGCAGAGCCUGACCCUCCUCUCGCAGCCGCAGCCCCUCGGCCAGGCAGGGGCCCAGAUGAAGAAGAAAAGCGGCUUCCAGAUCACCAGCGUGACCCCCGCCCAGAUCUCGGCCAGCCUCAGCUCCAACAACAGCAUCGCCGAGGACACGGAGAGCUACGACGACCUGGACGAGUCGCACACGGAGGACUUGUCGUCUUCCGAGAUCCUGGACGUCUCCUUGUCCAGGGCCACGGACUUGGGGGAACCUGAGCGGAGCUCCUCGGAAGAGACUCUGAACAACUUCCAGGAGGCCGAGAGCCCUGGCGCUGUCUCCCCCAACCAGCCUCGCCUUCUGCAGCAGCAGCAGCAGCACCCCACUUUGCCACAUCCACAUCAGCACCAGAGUGUGGCCCUCAAUGGCAGUAUGCACCCUUCUCAGGGACAUCAUUAUCAUCAUCACCAACACCACCAUGGACAUCACCAUGCGCCACACUCUGGGAUGGUUGGCCCAGCAGCUCCCGGAGGACCUCCGUUUAGCCCAUCGUUUAGAAAACUGUCUACCGCUGCAAGCUCUGAUAGCGUUGUAGCAGCUGCCGUGCCCGUUUCUGCUGCAUCAUCUGCUGGUAUGCCUGUGGCCGCUCUUGUGUCUCAUUUCCACGCUGCUGGUACACCUGGGGUCACUUCAGCCGGCGGAGCUACGACCAGCACUUUAAGCAGCGAGACGAGUGGUAGCUCUAGUGGGGUGAGCGGCAUGCCUGGUCCCGUUAAUGUGAAUCUAAGUAACUUCACAAGUACUGGUAGCCUAACUAGUGGCAGUGUUAAUGUGGCGGUCUCGAGUGGGCUUGGCAAUGGCACGAGUACUUCCUCUAGCGCUGGAAAUUCCAGUGCAGGAGGAGCUGCUGCUGCAGCAGGAACAUAUAGUCAACUGCAGCCUGCAGCCAGCACGUCGAGGUUUAGAGUUGUGAAACUGGAUUCUAGUUCAGAACCUUUCAAGAAGGGUAGGUGGACAUGCACAGAGUUCUACGACAAAGAGAACCUCAUGCCAGUUGCAGAAGGAGUAGCUGUAAAUAAAGCGUUAGACACUCUCAAACAAAAUUCACUUGACGUGACUUCUGAAAGGGAGAGCACCAGUGGGAGCUCAGUUAGUAGCAGCGUAAGCACACUGAGUCACUAUACUGAAAGUGUGGGAAGUGGGGAGAUGGGAGCACCAGCGGUGGCACAGCCGCCGCCAUUUCAAGCAGCAGGUUCUCAGCAGUUGGAUUUUGGCGGCACCGGCCCUCAACCUGCUCCAGCGCCCAGCUUACCCCAGAGUGUUUCUCAGUCACAGCUCGCACAGCCGCAGCUUCAUCCUCAAGAUGUUAAUUAUCCUCCUCAAAAGCAAGGGGUCCAGCCUCCUGCAUCAGCUGUCCCUCCUCCAGUAAAUAUAGUAGGUGGCCAUCAACAGCCUGCCAUGGCACAGCAGCUGCCAUAUACCCAGUCAACGCAGCCUGUGCCACCUGUUCCGGUUGUGCCACAACUGCACCAAUUGCCAUAUGGGCAAGGACAGGCACAGCAGCAGCAGCAGCCGAUACCUCUGCAGAUGGCCCCAGGGCAUGUUAAACCAGUGAAUCAGAAUUCUGUCACAGGGCCUAUGCCAGAUUACCUACAACAGCAGCAAAUGCUUCAGACUCCAGCUUCUAUGCAGCCAGGACCUACAAUGGUAGGAACGGCUAUGCCUGCGCCUGUUGCUCAGGCACCAAGCAUGCAGCCUCCUGUACAAGCACACCUGGCAGUAGCAUCCUCUCAGCCCGCUGCACAUGCUCAGACAGCAAUGCUGACCUCAGGAGCUGGUGCUCAGACAGUGAAUGUCGGACAACAAGGAAGUGUACCUCCCAUGGUGCAGCAGCCGGCAGUUGCAAAUCAAAUUGCUCCUUUGGUGGUGGCACAGAGCGCUCCUCCUCCAUCUUCCCAUGUGGUGCCCCCUGUUCCAGCAGGCGUUGUUCAUCCCGGGUUGCAAGGUAGCACAUCGAGCCUUCCUCAGCCCUUGGUUAUUGUUCCACAGAGUACUUUGUUACCAAUGCAAGCAGCAGAAUCCCUUGUCCAAGGAAUGGCUGGUCAACAGUUGCCUGCUGUUAGUCCUGUACCUUCUGCCAGUGCUGCUUCUGUCCCAUGCCAGCCUGCUGCAAACGUGUCGCCCACACCUAUGAGUUUGCCUCCUUCAAAGAACGUAGCACAAUCAUCAGGUGCGCAGAAUGGGAACUUGGUCCAAAAUGUGUCUCAGCCUUCCGUGAUGUCUACUAGCAUCAAUUUGCCCGCAGUCCAAAAUGUGCCACAACAGGUACCGCUGAACUCUGCCCAGUUUUCUGCCCAGUCUCUUGUUCAGUCAAUUACAACCCGAAGUGAAGAAUCCAAGCGCUCUACAGAACCCUCCUUGGUUGGCCUGCCUCAAACCACCAGUGGAGAAAGUGGCGCUGGAGCAUCAUCAGCCGUGUCAGAUGGAGGUAGCAGCAUGGCCUCCUCUCUUUUCCCCCUGAAGGCACUUCCGCUGACAGUGCAACUUGUUGAUGGUGAGGAUGAGAGAAUCACCUUCUGGUUUCCCCUGUGUGGAAUGAGAUCUUGCAGAUGUUCAUCACAGCCCAGACACUUCCAGUGAUAAGGUUGUUUCUUCUAAUUUGCUAAACUCUCUUAACUUCUGACUGGAGAAAUGAGUGGAGAAAUGAAACUUCUUCAGAGGCAACAGACAACACUUUCCCCUGACUUUAGAGACUGCCAUGAAGGAUGCAUUCCAUAACUUGAAUGCAAAGCGGAACACAGCCGUACAUCCUUACAGGUGUGUGUGUAUCAAACUGUGUUUAAGUUUGAGAACAAACACUGGCUUCAUGUUGUUAACAGAAAGCAAACUAUAACCAUGUCGAUUAUUUAAUCUGGAACUUAAUGACAGGCAAGUGUCUGGAAGAACCCAGUGGGAAUAUUGCGAUACUACAACAGUCUAGUAGAGAUUUGAAAAAUUUGAACAGGGAAGUUCAUGGGUUAUGAUGCAUCUUCCCCUUUGCAGAUGGCUAAUAAUAAUAAUAAUAAUUUUAUUAUUUAUACCCCGCCCAUCUGGCUGGGUUUCCCCAGCCACUCUAGGCGGCUUCCAACAAGAGAUUAAAAACACUGUAUUUUUCCGUCUGUAAGACGCCCCCAUGUAUAAGACCCCCUCCCUAUUUUUAGCGACUCAAUUUUAAGAAAAUGAAGGGAGAUGGCCCAAAGUUGUUGAGCUUCUCCCACUACGCAGCUGUGGGCAGGAAACACUCCGUAGAUCGUUUCCUGCGCGCAGCGGCAUCAAGGGAAGUUGCGCUCCUGCCAACCGGCUGGCUGGCAGGUGCGCCGCUCCCCCCCCCAAAAAAAUGCCGCUAUCCGUGUAUUGGACAACCCCACUUUUUGACAUGAUUUUUGAGUCGAAAAACCUCGUCUAAUACAUGGAAAAAUAUGGCACAUUAAAACAUCAGUCAGGGCUGCCUUCAGAUGUCUGGGUCUGUAUAGGCAGGGUCAGUAUAUUGGGACCUCUCUGGUGGGUGCCAUUGCCGUUCUAAAAGAAAGAGGGAGGCGUUCAUGGUGAGUUCCGGCAGCUGCUUUUUCUAGAAAAAUAGCACCGGUGACAUCAAACCUGGUGAACUUGUUAGUAAAAGAGAAAAGUACUUAGUAUGUAAGAUUGGCAAUGCUAGAAUUGAAAGAGGGAGUGCAUCUUGAUAACUCUUGCCUUUUGGAGCGUGAAGAGUGCUCUCAUGGUCUCCCCCCAUUCCCUCCCACCAGUGUGCCUUGUGGGGUGGGGAAUAAUCAAUGGAAAAAUGAAUAUUUAUCAUUUUCUCAUGUAAGAAGAAAUGGUAGUGGCAAUUGCUCCUUUUAGUGGCCAUGAAAUGUACCGGUACCUUGUAACAAUUGUUUUGGUUGGGGAACUAUUUUGAGUGUCCUUAUCCUCCCACUCCUGUUCAUUGUAAGCUCAUAUAGAACAUGGAGAAAGAAAAUUCCUAGUUAGCUCCCCCCCAAUAUUUUUUUCCUUUUCCUUUUUGUUAUCUGUAUUUUUGGAUUUUCAAACUGAGGAUUUUGUGUUUUAGGACACAUAUUCUGAAGAGAAAUAAUUGCUUUCUGAUAAAAAAACUACAGAUUUCUGCCUGCUUAUUAUUAUUUAUUUAAAAAAUCAGGUAACUGAAACUGGUAAAAUUAGAAACUCAGCAAGUGUAGCUGUACUGGAAAAUUUAGUUCAAAAGAAACUGCAACAUCUAGAAUAAUCAUGAAGGAUAUUUAAUAACAAAUGUAACUUUUCGUACUGUGAUCCAAGUAAAUGUGUAAAUGCUUUGGUCAGGGGAAGGCUAGGAGAAGCCACAAUUGUCUCUUCAAAUAAGCCGGUGAUCUCUGUUCAUUACAGGCUUUAUUCAUCGUACAAGGUAAAGUUACGUUGUGUCUGCUGGUUCAAGGAAAAUAUAUAGGUAUAAAAGGAGAAUUCCUGGAUGCUAAGAUGCAAGUUUAAAAUCACAAAAUAUAAAGCAAAGCAAAGCAUGGAAAAUAGGCUGUUAGACCUUUAAAAUGUUUCUUUCCAAGUGAGUUCUAAAAUAGUCCCGUCUUCCCUCAGCAUAGGAAAACCCAACAUGUUAAUAAAUUAAAAAUGGUUUACCAACAAACUCUCCAAAGGUAAGGUUCAUGUGCUUUUCAAUACAUCAGGGAGAAAAGUUGCAUAGAUUGUAAAACUUGGCUUAGGAAGUGGUAAAGUUCUGAAAUUAUUGGUAUAGGAACACAAUAAUGGCUUGUGAGGGCCAUGUUGCUCCAGUUUAGCUUAGCUCCAGCUUAAUCACAUGCCGAGUUCAUCCGGUAGACUGAAAGGGGAACAAAGGCUUGAUUACCUAGUCCCUCCCAAGGUGAGCUGAACUUGGCAGGACAGCUUACUCUAUGGUCUUAACCCCUUCUGGCAUUAAUUAGACUUAAGCAUGUUGGUUAUAUGAAGCUGGUUAUCCCACAGUAACGUCUGACAUGCAUGAACAAAUAACUUCCUCUACAAAACUAAAGUUGACAGACUUUCCUGCUUAAUAUCUUAGCAUAUAACCAUAGCUGCCAAGUUUUUCCUUUUCUCGCGAGGAAGCCUAUUCAGCAUAAUGGAAUUUCCCUUUAAAAAAGGGAGAACUUGGCAGCUAUGCAUAUAACCCUUCCACCUAAGGGACCCUUGAUUCUGCUUUUUCCAAAGGACACAUGGGAAUUAACUGACCUUGUACAGCUAACUUUAAUUGCAGAUAAUAGUGAAUUGUGUGCUUGCCUUCUUACUACUGAGUCUUUUAGACAAUGAGCACCACAUAUCUAUUUUCCUUUUGAGUUCUGUGAUUGUCCCCCUCCACCAAUUUUACUUUGUGAUUUUGAAUUUUAGAUCAGGCAUUGGUGGUAGGCAUAUUGGAACUGGUUAUUUAAUUUUGAUUAGUGUCGCUGGUGGGAAAUUAUUAUUAUUAUUAUUAUUAUUAUUAUUAGGGUUCCAAAACAGGUAACUACAACCCACUCUCCCCCCCCAAAAAGCAUGCAGAGCAGGAAAAAACAAAGCAAAAACAAAAGUCAAGGAGGCAGUUCCUACAUAAGUAUACAGCAAUUACAUUCAGUGGGAAUUUUUAUUUUGUGAGAGGCUGUAUAUAUCCAAUUUACUUUAUAUAAAUUUACUUUCCAGUGUAUACUAAGUUUUAAGCAGUGCUUCUUCAAAUAUUCAUUGUGUUUGUUUGUUUUUCUAAAAUAAAGAGAUAUGCUCCUGUUUCUGAAAGGCUUUUGAUGAACGUUGGUAUAUGUGUGUAUUGGAAGGUUGUCUUAAAAGAUUGAUCAGAAAACUGACUAAAGGGACAUGGGGGUUGUGAAGGAUCUUUUCAGCUUGCCUCCCUUUUAUUUCCUGAGAGCCCCAACAGUGUAUGAUUGAAAGUCUUCUCUUAGGCCUCCUUACCCUCUUAAUUGCACAAGGACCUCCAUGAGUAGUUGCCAUUGCGCUGCUUAUGUGUCAUUUGGAAAUAGUAGCAAGGUGUUUUAGCCUCUUGAGUCAGUUUUCCUGCAGGCUGGCUAUGUGGCUAUGGUGGGGAGGCACCAUGAGAAAUUUGGCCCUGGGGUCACUUGCCUAUAGCUUCCUGGGAGCUGGUAUGGCCCUGGUAACAAGAAUCUUGUGGCUCCUUAAAGUUUUAAAAGCGGCUGUUGUAGCAGGAUAGUUUCUGGAUCAGAGAUGCAUCAAAUGAAGUGGCUUUUGGUCUAGAAAACGUUAUGCUGCAACAAAUCUGUUGGUCUUUAAGGCACCACCUGGCUCUUUGUGUGUUUCUGUAGCAGAUUUAUCACGGCAAUCUUUCUAGACUUUACCAAAGACAAGGUGUGCAGACAUACAAUGCUAGUGAGCUACUUUUUCUCUGGUUUAUAUACACUCAAAAUAAUUUGCACAUGAAGUAGAGAUCCAGAGAAAGCAAUAUAUUUUUAUAAUUAACAGACUCUCGAGCCAAAAUCAAAUAGGGUCAUUAAGUAAAUAGUUGAUUUACUAGAUCUGUAUCUUGGCCUUCCUGAAAAGAUCUCAUGUUGACAUAUGUGGGGUUAUCCCACUUUAUUUUUGCAGUAGUCCUUGGUUAGGCUGAGAGCAGAGCUUUUCCUAGGUCACACAGGGGGUUUCAUGGUGAACAAGUAUUUAACCCAGAUUACCCACAUGCAAAAUAUUUAUCAUGUUACAGCAUGCUGGCUCUCAAGUUUGUGGGAAUGUUUCAUGUGUUUUCUUGAUCUGGACUAGGCCUUUAGUCAUUUCCGUUUCUGAUUUCUUUCCCCUCAUUCUGGUGUGUUUUUUUUUGUAACCUUGUUUUUUGUGAUCUAAAAUGAAUGCUAAUAUUUCAACAGAUACAGAGUGACUGAGUCUUAACAUUGCACAGUAGUAUGCCCAUGAAGAGGCACUGCCAAAGUUAAUUAUGUCUAGAGCAAAAUCUGGACGCUCUGGCUGAGCCAAGCAGGUAGGUAAAGAUGCUUUGUUUGUGAAAGAAAAUAAUGUAAGCCAACACACACUUGAUUACCAAUAUUGCAAAAACCACAGAAUCGCUCUAGAGGUGAUUUACUAAGGACAGAGUAGCCCUUUACGUAUUGUUGCAGCUAUAUUUGUGAUUUAUAUUUUCCCCACUGCCAAAACCACCCCUCUUCUAUAGGAGUGCAAUGUGGCUUUGCCAGUUUAGUAGGCCUUUAGCAAGAAGAAUCCACGAUUAUGGAUGCCAUAAUGAUAUGUAUUUAAAACACAGGCAAACUAUUCAGUUACAUGCUUAGCAGUGGUUCUAGAACUGGUGGCUCCUCUUUUUACAGGCAUUUCAAUCUGGCAUUUCACGAAAGUAUACUACUUCAUGCAUGGAAGUAAAAUCCAGCCUCAAGUAAAUCAGGGAAUGUGUGAUUAGAUCACUAAUCCGCUUUGAGACUCCAGCGAAAGAUCAGAGAUUGAAGAAUAUCAAUAGGAGAGGUAAUUUUGUAUGAAAUAAAAUUUCAGUAACAUGGAAUUGUCAUCCUCUGAAUGAAGACAGUAUAAAUAUUUGAAGUCUUCUUCUCUGCAAGAGAUGAUCACUGUUUUCAAGAACAACAGUAUGUCUGAACUUCUUAUCAGUUGCAGAGAUUCCCAGUUUCACGAGCUUUUAUCUCCCAGAUUCAUCUCUGAUGUGAUGUUUUAGUUUGUGACGUUGUACAUCCAUUGGAGUAACACAACAUUUUCCUCUUACAAAUAGUAUACCCAGUCAUGGCUUAGCUUGCCCAGUCUGUUCUGGUGGUAAAUACAUCAAGGGAAUAUUGUGAUCUGCAAUGCAAAAUCUGCUGUCCAGAUGUUAAGUUACUGUUAGAGUGCUAGGCUUGCCUAAAAGAAAAUUGUUUCAUGAAGUGUCAUGGUGCUGUUUUCUAUACAGCCCCUGUUUAGAGCAAGAAUAUGUGCAUUCUUGAACAGGUGCAUAUUAAUUAAGACACUAUGUGGACACAGUGGACAUGUACCAUCUGGCUAGAAUUGAUUAAUUUUUUGGAGCAUUUCUGAUUGCAUGCAAAGAAAACAGCAUCUCACCAUCACUUACUUUAUUUGAGUUCUCUGUAGAAGAUAAACAUCUGAAGAAGUUAUGGAGAACAUGGGAUAAAAUGUGUCAAUAAUGAAUCUGCUAAGUCCAAUUUGAAGAAUAUUGAUAGACUGACUGGGUGGCACUGUCAAAACAGUACGGAGCAGGUUUCCUUAAAUGAAUAAAUAAGUAAAGGCAGAACGGAAGUCCUGGAGGACUUGGACCUUUGUAUGGAAGAACAGCGAGGAUGGCAAGCAGCUGAAGAAUUAAAGGAAUCUGUCUCUUCUGGAACCCAUUUUUAGUCUCCAAAGUGAAUGGCAUCAUGGUUUUUAUUGUGGUCCAAAAUAAGAUUAAACAUUGGACAAAGCAUGUAGUGUUUUAAGCAGUGUUUCAUGCUUGCCACUGUUUGGGAAUGGAAGAUUCUUUUAUUACUCCAAGCAACAUUUUGAAAAUACUUAAUGAGCUCUCACUUGUGCAAGGUGACUAAAGGUUAUUACUACCAGAGCGAUUGAAUUACUGCUAAUAAAUAUUUAAAGCCAGAUAAAGCAUGCUUUUUGGUUGGUCUGUAGAGCUGUGUGGUUUUAUUUGCAAUUUGGCGCACUUAAAUUUGGAAGGUGGUGAUGGGCUUUGUAUAAGGGGAUUGGAUAAGAAUAAAUUUGAAGAACUUAAAAGUUUACUUGACUAACUUUUUACACGGAAGUUUUAUGAUUAGUUCAUCUAAAAGAUUGUAUGACAUGGGGUUGUAUCCAGUGCUGCUGUUGCGCUUGUGCAACAGACUUCUACUUGUGCAACAGAAAUCCCCCUCUCCUUUCCCCAUGCAACCUCAAAAUAUGGAACAGUUUUUGGGAGCAUGCAAGGUGAGGAAGGGCAAGUUCAGUUGUGUGAGCAUUAUAUCGCUUACACAGUGUGAAAUACAACCCUUAGUUUAUAAAUGAAGGGGGGGUGGGGACACACAGAUUCUGAGAUUUGUUAUUUUAUUCUAUGUACAGGCUGCAGGAGCCUGUAAUACGGUUUACUUGCAAUAUGAAAAAUUUGGCUCCAUGUCAUGGGGUGGACAUAGCUGAAUCAUAGUUUACAUGCAUAAUAGUCCAGGUUUAAAGCUCAAUGACUCCAUUAAAGGAUCUUGCUCAGCAGGAUCUCGCUGGGUAUUUUAUUUUUUAUUUAUUCACAGCUUGAUUGUAAAAACCUUAAAGUGGUUUACAAAAGAUAUAACAGUAAAAUAAAAUAAAAAGAUUUACAACCCAACGUUGAAACAUACGAAAGAUAAAAUAAUAAAACAGAUUAAAAUUAUCUUAACCGUCUUAAGCAUUUGGACAGGCUUGUCUAAACAGGAAUGGUUUUAGCAGGCUCUGGAUUAGCUACUACCGUACCAGUCAUUUUCUUGCCUAUCUAAGCCCAGGUCUGAUUGGCAGUAGCUUCCCAAGGCCUCAUAUUGGGCACGCCUUAAGCACUUGCUGCCUGUGUACCUAAGCAUCAAUAUGUGAUGCCCAGAUAGUGCUUGAUUAGGGGAAACCGUAGGAUCUGAAAGGUUUUUGCACUCCUGUCAUUGCUGUUCUUGAAUGUGGUCGUGCAAAGUAUUUCUAACUGGUGACCUGGGGAAUCGUAAAUGCUUUUCUGAAACGAUAGUUUUGUUUCCUAAAAGCUCAAAGGUAUUGUUAGCUUGCUUUCACUCAUUUCAAAUACUUGCAUGCUGUUUUGUUGCAUUUUGAAUUCCGUUUAAUCAGCCUCUGUUUCCUUAGCUAUUCCAGGCUUUCUAGUUUAGUUUAUUCCUUAGCUAUUCCAGGCUUUCUAGUUUAGGGCGACUUCUCUGGUGAUUCUGUUCCAUGUGUAGCUUUGGAAAUGCUGCUUGGAAAGCAUGUUACUCUGUUCUACCGUGUUUCUCCUAAAAUAAGACGGUCCUAAAAAAUAAGCCAUGUCAGGCUUUUCAUUAGUAGAAUAAGUAUAAGACAUCCCCCGAAAAUAAGCCGGGGGUGGGAGCCGCUUCGGGGAGCACAGCGCAGCGCGAAGAGCCUGGUGAGAGGCAGCUGCGGCUGCAGGUGAAGCCCGGGAUCUGUGUGGGCGACUGGGGACGAGCGCCCUGAGCGCUGCGGCGGUAGUGAAGAGGCGCCCGAUCAGCCCGCUUCUCAGCUGGCUGAUCCCUAGUCAUUCCUUACGUAACAUGAUCCUAACCACAGCACUUGAUUGUUAAAGACAGCAACAACAACACCUCAACACAGGUGUACACAUCAUUGUCUGUUGCUCCUCCCUGUUUGAUCUAUCCCUUUUGAAUUAAUACAUUCCAAUUACUACAUUCCAGUAAUGAGUCUCAUCCCACCAGGUUUCAGUAAUGCUUAUUACUGUAUACCAUAGCUGCCACCCUAUAAAUAGGAUUUAAUAGGUUGGUAUCUGUCCGUCUUGGGAGACAGUGGAAGAGUGGGCCUUCGGGUGUGAAGUCUAAACCGUUGGAGAGUUAUAGCGCCUGCUGUGGCUGUAGUGACCAAUAUGGGAGAGACAUGUUUUGUUGCAGCUGGUGUGCCAUGGGGUUUCUUAUUUCUGCACUCCUUCCAGCAGUUAUUUCUCAUUCUGCAGUGGUUACAAGGCCUGACUGAUUGUCUCCAGGCACUGUGUUCAACUGCAGGGGAUUCCCACAUGCCUGACUCUUGUCUCCUGGCUGUUACAGCCCACCCCCCGAUCAUCAAUUCCUUCACCCAAGCCGGUCUCAAACCCCUCUUCUGUAGUGCCCGCUUGUCAGUACCCAACCAUCACUCCUUGGUGUUCAGCCAGUCCCUGACAAUCAAUAUUGUCCCCACUAUUUUGUGUCCCUGUGAUCCUCUGAAAUAUUGUCUCCCUCCCCUUCAGGAUUUAGUUGAAAGCCCUCCUGACCAGGAUUGUGAGACUCUUUGCAAACACAUUAUUGCCAACUGCUUGUGAGAUGGAACCCAUCUCUCGCCAGAACUCCUCCUUCAUGGAAGGGAGACUGUGGUCCAAGAACCCAAACCUUUCCUGACCACACCAUCUGUGCAGGCAUUAGUUUACUUCCAGUAUUUCCCAUCACCCCCCUCUUCCUUAGUGAUGACUUUAGGAAGGAGUGAUGCAAAGACUACCUGUGCCCCAUGGCUCUUCAGCUUCCUUCCCAGAGUCUCAUAGUCCCUCUCGCUAUACAUUGGAGGCUGUGUGUGGCAGUAUCAGUCGUACCCACAUGAAUCGGAAGGGGUCGUGGUCAGUGGGCUUCAUAAGGCUUGGCAACUUCUCUGUCACAUCAUGAAUCUUUGCACCUGGAAGACCUCCUUGGACAUCCUGUUGCCUCCACCCACUGUUGUCUCUGUCCCCCUCAGUCGGGAGUCUACUACCACCUCCACAUGUGUCUUCCUCCUCAGGGAAUUGAACAAGAUUCCCGUGCUCUGCACCUUCUGUACCCACCUCGGUGCUCUCUGCAGCUGCUGUCCUUGUUCCUCUGGCCCAGAAUCAGCGUUCAAAGGGAGGGCCUGGAAUUGAUUGUGCCGCUCCAGUGACAUGGCACAGCUCCUGACAGUCCCGCUUCCAUGUGCCACAUUCUUACAUGUGUUUGACGCCUCUUGCAUGUGGUGAUCUUCCUUCUCCCUAGAGGCAUCCCCCAUCUUUUGCCCUCCCGCAAAAGCCUGCUCUUCUCUGUCCAGAACGUCUUCCCUGAUAGCUCAAACUUUGUCAGGCAGUUUUACUUUCUCUUCCAGUGGGGAACCAGCUGGCACUUGUUGCAGGGGUAGCUGUGUGCUUCCUCAGGUAGGAAAACAAACAAACAUGGGUGUUGCAGGUCACUGCAGCAGCUCUCGCUGUCCAUGUCUCUUGCUCCUCCUAUGUACUCCUGACACAGUACUCCAGCUAAACACCCCUGUAAACCCCUGUGUUUGCAAUCUCCCAGCAGUUUGUAGAGCUGGGGGCUACUAGUUCCACCCCUAACCAGAUCACUGAUUUACUUCCUCUCAGCAGUAGUCCCUCCCCCUCAAGAGCAUGACGCACCCAAAAGUACACAAGCAACCAUCCAAACAGCUUCGAUAAGCAACCAGUUUUACUCCCAAAGACACAAGCUCGGUUUGUUCUUUCUCUUCCACCAAUCCCUUUCAGUUGCCCCAGUUUACUGGCCCUGUUUGCCAGCUCCCAGAGACUGAGGGCAGCUACACAGAACUGGUGUUUUAUUCCUCCUGGUGGUUUUGGGAGUGCAGGAGUCCUCCUCCCAUUUAGUAACUGAAUCGGCUCCAGUUUUGCUCAGUAGUCCUCCAAGCUUUGAUAGGAUCACCUCAUUAAACUGCGGGUGACUUGACAAAAUGAAUGGGGAGGAAACACUGAAAGCAAAGCUCCCCCAUCAGAAUAAGUUGGCUCAUCACUAAUUGACAAGUUUAGGCCAUUUUGCUUCGUUCAGAUUAUUUUGACAACUCCAGCAAAUCUCACUGGGCAGGUCGCAUGUGCAGAUCCCACUCGGGUGAUUCUUUGCAGUCCUUUCGCACAUUUUUGUGGGAAUGUAAAAGGGCUGCUCAAGUCGCUGCCACUACAUUGCUCUUCUACCCUUGGAGUUAUAGAAACAUAAUGUAGUUGGCACCAAUAUUUUAUUCAUGUCAAAGUGAAGAAUAGCAUGACAGAUCCAAGGCACAAAAAGAAGUACAGUGGAACCUCUGUUUAUGAACACCUCGGUUUAUGAAUUUUCGGUUUACGAACGCCGCGGACCCAUCUGGAACGGAUUGAUUCACUUUCCAUUACUUUCAAUGGGAAAGUUCGCUUCAGUUUAUGAACGCUUCAGUUUAUGAACAGACUUCCGGAACCAAUUACACCCAUGCUUCGGGUUAAGUAUGCUUCAGGUUGAGUACUCCGCAGACCCAUCUGGAGUGGAUUAAUCCACUUUCCAUUACUUUCAAUGGGAAAGUUCGCUUCAGUUUAUGAACGCUUCAGUUUAAGUACUCCGCGGACCGUCUGGAACAGAUUAAUCCACUUUCCAUUACUUUCAAUGGGAAAGUUCGCUUCAGUUUAUGAACGCUUCAGUUUAUGAACAGACUUCCGGAACCAAUUGUGUUCAUAAACCAAGGUACCACUGUAUUCCAUUUAGUGUAGAAAUCUGCUUAUUGGAUGCAUGAUAGCAGGAUGAUUUGGGGGGGGGAGGGAGUUCUCAUUUGUUCCAAUGAAGUCCCUGAUCUGGAUCAGGACCAUGUCAGUGAGCAGGUUGUUGAAGCCCCUCUCUGACUUCCUGUAAAGGUCUGUGACAGGUCGGCAAACUAAGGCCCGCAGGCCGGACCAGGCCCAAUUACCUCCAGGAUCUGGCCUGCGGACUGUCUGUGAGUCGGGGGGGGGAUUCUGUUCGUUCGGGCUGCGCCAUUUCCCCCCCUGUGCCAUUCCGUCCUCCCCCUCUCCCUCACACGGCGGCGGCACCGCCUCCCUCCCUCCCUCCUCCUGGCUUCUCCCCACCCUGCCUAGAGGAGGAAGGAAGCUGGGUGAGCACCAUUUUAAGCAGCCCCUCUCCAGAGCCAGCCCUUUCACGUCACUCAUCUUCCCUCUGCCGCUGCCCUGGUGCUCCUGUGGGCCAGAGAGCGGAGCAGAUGAGCUCGCUCUGCCUACCCACAAGAAGCAGCAGUGACGCCGGUGGCGGUGGCAGCCCCAGGGAAGAUAAGCGCAGUGGCUGGGGGUGAGGGGUGGGAAGGAGGACUACUUGCUCCCACUCACCUCUUCUUCUAGCUCCCCCCCCCGAUGUCGCUUCUCUGGCGCGCCACAAGGUCUGAGGGACAGUGGACCGGCCCGCGGCUAAAAAAUUCUGUGAUCUGGGUUGUUGUUGUUGUUGUUGCUGCUGCUGUUGCUAUUAUUAUUUUGUUAUUGUUACUAUUAUUUCUUCUAUACCACCUUCAUCCAAGGAUCACAGGGUGGUUUGCAAUAUAAAACCACAAAAAUCCUUAACACAGUAACAAACAAAAAUAGUUAACCCCCCCCCUACAAUUUAAGAGACCAUAAAUUGUUUAAUUAGGCAAAGAACUGGAAAAAGAGGAAUGCUUUUGACUGGCACCUAAAUAUACACAACAAAUGUGCCAGGUGAAUCUCCCUGGGGAGAGAGCAUCCCACAAAUGGGGAGGCACUGCAGCAAAGGCCCCGCUCUUGUGUUGCUUCCCUCUGGGCCUGUGCAGGAGACACGCAAAGAAGGGUCUCAGAGGGUGAUCUCGGGGUCCAGGUUGGUUCAUAUGAGGAGACGUGGUCUUUGAGGUAUUGUGGUCCUGAGCCAUUUAGGACUUUAGAGGUCGAAACCAGCCCUUUGAAUUGGGCCUGGGAACAUAAUUGGCAGCCAGGGCAGUCGGGCCAAAUCUCAAAUUGUCUUGCCCCGGUGAGCAAGCUGGCGGCUGAAUUCUGGUAACCUAGAGGUUACCAGAGCAUGGACGACAGAAGUUAGGCUAUCCCUGCUGUAUUUGGUGUGAAUGGUGGCACAUCUAGUUUGACUCCUGAGCAUUGCUUUCACUGCCACCACCGAAGUUCCUGCAAUACUUUCACUCUUUGGUGGCAGAGAGAUUUGUGUCCUGUUGCUGAAAUAUCAGGCUGAGUUCUGUCUCCCACUUACCUGGGAGUAUGCCCUAAUGGAUUGAGUAAGACUUAUAUUUCUUAGUUGAUAUGGUUAGGAGUGCACUGUUACAAUGUAGGGAAACGAAACAAAGAAAAUGGGAAGGGAGAACUGAGUGCCUACUUUAUGGAAUGAGCAGAGAGAAAGUGGUAAUAUCAAAGGCUCAGAGAGGUCUGUGUUGGUUCAGAGAAUAAAGGAUGUGUGGGCACCACAGCAUGCCUUCUCUGAUAUCCCCUGUUGCCAUCUGUUUUCAUUUUUUAGCAGGAUGUGAAAAAAUACUGGACCUCCUCUCUAGCACAGAUUACCCACAUUUGUAUUUCGCUCUGCGUUCAGUCUUCCUGAAUUCUCCCAAGGAUGUUCAGCAAAAAAAAACACACCUAUUUAUUUGUGUGCUUUUGCUAACGGCAGAUUCAAUUUGUCCACCAAAAUUGUAGGAAGGUUGAUCUCUGCUUUGGUGGAUUAAUUUUAUUCUAGCAGAGAGAAACCCAAAUGUUAGCCUCAUUAAUGGUUGACCUAGCAAGAUGUUGGUUCCAACUCUGCAGAUGGAACAAAAAAUUUGCUUGCAUCACUUUUUAUAUUAAUGAUGCUCUUGGCAGAAAUGGAUCAUUUGUUGCCUUAUUGGUUGCAGCUCUUAACAACUGAAGAGGAAGGGAAUUCAUAUUAGUUGACAAUAAAAUCUUACAGUCAGUUUGAGACAUUUUUUGCUGUAGGCAAUGUGGGGUUGAGGGGGAAAGAGAGGUGGGGAGAAACUUGAGAAAGAGAAAAUUGUAGGAAGGACUCUACCGUUUAAAAACAGGGACACUGAUUUUGUUUCUUAUGGAAACUCUUUCAAUAAAAAAAGUUUAAAAAAAUAAAAGGGCAGAAGCCUGUUAGAAGUUUAAAACAAAAGUACCAACAACAACAACCCAGAAGGAGCAAAAACUAUUUCAAAAAUAUUUUGACAUAGAAUAUCAGUAAUGUGUUCUUGUUGACAUAUUGACAGAUGAUGCAUAGCUUUUUCUACCAUUGUGAAUUUACUAACCUUGUAUUGUUAACAACCACGCCAUUACUUUUUUUAAAAAAAUUAUUUUUUAAUUUUUUAAAACAAGUCAUUAUAAUCAACUUUGAACAAAAUUAAAGAUUUAAAAUGACUUUGUGCACAAUGUUAUAAAAUUAUCAUAAUUAGAAUUAAUUAUACAUUACUGUCACGUUGGCUCAUUAAAUGUUUUCAAUCCAUUCCUCACUGGUUCAUUAAAUUUCAAAUCAGUAUAUCCUGUCCAUAAGCAUUUUCGUGAUGAUGAUGAUGGAAUUAAAAUGUUUUGGUUUUCAUCAGGUUUUUUUUUAAAAGGAAGCCAAACUAUGUCAAAGGUAUCUUUUUUGGAAAUGCCUUUAAUUGCCCAUCGAUGAUAUUGUUGACUCAAGCCUCAAUUUGUGUAUGGGAAGCUUUCUUCCAUUGUUGGGCAAUAACUAGCCUAGCUGCUGAGAACAAGAAGAAAAUUAUUUAGAUUUGAGAGUAGAGUUUGGAGUCUGGUCUAAGGAUCUUGUUUUUAUUUGAAUUUUGUAUUUUAUGUUUUUAUAUUGUGAUUUUAUCUUGUGAACCACCCUGAGACCUGUGGGUAGCAAAUGGUACACAAAAUUUAAUUAUCAUCAUCAUGGCCAUCCAGAAAGUUAUAUUUUCCUGCUGCCUCAUCAGACUUGUGCUGCCAGAAUUUGUACCUCUCAAACACAGGGCUCCCUCGGCCAGUAAAGUGAGAUGAGCGCCGCAACCCCAGAGUCGUCUAUGACUGGACUUAACUGUCAGGGGUCCUUUACCUUUUUUUUAUAGGUCAGUUUAAAGUUUGCCACACGUUUUGAUAGGUAUGAUCUAAAGGGGAGGAAAAUGAGCAGUAGUUUCAAACGAAACCCACAACCUUGGUCUUGACAGUGAAGCUGAGCUUAUCUUGCACCUCAUGAAAACCCUCCUGGGUGACGAAGGGAUCAUACAUGAGAGGAGUGUUAAUCACAUCCCACAACAAAACACAGUCACUGAGAUAAAGUUUAGAGGUAUCAUUUAAAAUAAAAAGGAUGACAUGCCUUACCUGGUUAGCAAUAAAAUAUGGCUCAAGGUUUGCGAUGCUUGAGCCUCCUUCCACUGUGGGGAGGGAUGGGAGUUUGGCAUUUAUUCUGGGUCUUUUGCAGGAAAAAAAAAAUGAUGUAUUUAUUUUUUUCUGCCACUUUCAUAUCUCGUUCAGUGAGAUCCAAAGUUGGAGUGAUUGGAAUAGAAAAAAAAGCAGUUUUGGUAGGAUCACCAUUUUUACCAUUGCUAAUCUGUCUAGGAGAGUAAAAUGGGUUUUGCUCUUUUUUUCUUUCUUUUUUCAAAUUUUGACGACUUGUCUGCCAUACAGGGGAAUAGGUUCUGUGAACGGAAUCUGUUAAGGUUUCUUGUUAUAUUUAUUCCCCAAUAUAUAAGCUUUGUGUGAUAGAGUCUUAAUGCCUUUGAGUUCUGUGAAUGCGUUUUGGAUUCACCUGCAGGCUUGAUAAUGUUGCAUAGGUGUUCAGCUUUUGAACUACUGCUGCUUCCGUGUUCAAAGGUUUAGGUAUCAUAACCAUUAAAUUGUCAGCAGAUAGGCCAAUUCCCUUGAUGUCUGGCGUUGCUCUGAGGAAUAUAAGUAAUGGUUCUAAAGCUAGGAUGAACAAAAAGGGAAAGAAUGGACAGCAUUGCUUUGUCCCUUGUCAAAUCCUCUCUGGGGAUGAAUUUAUAUUGUUCAUUCUUACUGUAGCCAAAACUUCGGAAUUUAUUUGUUUCAAAACGUGUAUGAAUUUUGGGGCAAAUUGCAUUUUAGAUAGGACAUCCAGCAAUAAGCCCCCUUCCAGGCAGUCAGAGGCCUUGAGGAAAUCCUAAGCUCUUGACUACUAGUGGGGAGGUUAUCUGUUUAGUCCGUUCAAUUUUGCAAUUUUGUUUAAAUGUUUUCUUACUGGUUCAGUGAUGUUUCAACAGGGGACAAAACCAGCUUCGUUAGUUUGUGUGAAAAUACCUUAAUUUUGUUGACAAGCACUGACGUAAAUGGUUUAUCAUCCUGAUUAAUCAGAGAGAUUGGCUGAAAAGUUUCUACCUUCUGGUGAUCUUUGAAUGGUUUGGCGACAACUACAAUCUUAGAGUGGUCGUUAUAUAGGCAGAUCAUGUAUGAUAAAAUGUUUCCUUGAUUUUCUUUAUUGAAAAAACAACAACCCAGAAGUGAUGGCAUAGGUAAACUUUCUUUUAAAAAUUAUUUGGGGGUUGCAAGGUAUGCAAUUUAGAAUAAAAGGAGGCAAAUUCUGAGGAGUAAUUUGUAUGUGUCUUGUGGGGUUUUUUGUCUUUAUCUUUUAAAAAGUUCCUCCAGGUGGCGCCCUCGUACAUUAAAGUUGAAGUCCCCCCCCCCCCCUAGCUUCUCCCUCAGCAAAUUCAUUGUGUUUGCAUUACACCUUUUGAAUAAAGCCAGGUUGUUUCAGGGUUUUUGUUUUGCCAUUCAUUGUCCCUUUAAUAAAAAAAAAAUCUCUAACAUUAUUGUCUUUCAGUAUCGAGUGGAUUUUAAAGUUCAUUCCUUUUGUCAAAAGGUGCUGUCAAUUGAUGUUGAAACCAACUACCGUGUCUCCCACAUUUUAAGAUACCGUCAUAUUUAUUUUACUCAAGAAAAUAAGCCUAUGGCUUAUUUUCGGUGGGGUGUCUUUUUUUUUUUAAUUAAGCAAUCUACAUUUUGACCUUUGGAGCUGGGUGCGCGUCAUACUUUUUCGCCGGCAAGCGUGGUCAGAGCCAGGAGCUGCAGCAGGAUGAGGACGGCGCUGCUACGCGCUCUGUCGGGGCUGCAGCAGCCGCCGCUUUCGGGCGCCUGCUUCCUCCUGCCGCGGCCAGCAGCAGCACCGCCCUCGUCCUCUCGCUGCUGCCGCUGCCCAGCUGGGCAGUGGCCUCGCCUCCGCCUGGCCCAGCUGCAGCAGCCGGUUCCGGGCGUCUGCCUCCUCCUCCCGAAAAGAGGCAGACGUCCUCCUCCUCCUCCUGCGGCCAGCGUGCUGGGUCCCGCUGGCUGGCUGGGCGCUCGCGGUCUCACUCAGCGCAGAGUGGAGGUAUGGCUUAUUUUCAGGGGGUGCCUUCUAUUUAACAAAUACUUUAAAAGCCUGCUACGGCUUACUUUAUGAUUACGCCUUAAAAAGGGGGAAACACGGUAGCACUGAGGACUUUGCUUUCUAUAGGGGAUUUGUGUAUUUCUUGUAAAAAGGCAAUUUGUGGUUUCAUUGCGCGCGCGCACACACACACACACACACACACACACGUAUAUUCUGGGUGUUUCUUCUUUAUCAGAUCACUAAUCCUUCUCAUGUUUAGUGUUACAGCCUUUAGUGAACCCAUUUCCAAAAGUUAAAGCUUUCUGUUUUGGGCUAUUAACAGUUAGUAAAUUAUAUAAUAAACAAUAUAAACACAGACCCAUUUUCCAACUGAUAUAUUUGGUCUGGUGGUUGUUUUCAUAUAUGUUGGAAGCCACCUAGAGUGGGUGGGGCAACCCAGUCAGAUGGGCGGGGUACAAAGAUGAUGAUGAUGAUGAUGAUUAUUAUUAUUAUUGUUAUUAGGCAGACCUCUGUCCCUGCCAACUGUAGCAGGGGAAAAUCAGUAAAGCUACUUACGCAGUGUUGAAAAUUUCCCUUCUCUGUGUUAUUUGCCGUUUCUUAAAAAUCACACUGCAAGGACCUCCAGGGGAGAGAGGGAAAUACGAUGUGGCAUCAACUUGCAAACUGCAGAACAAGCCUAUAUAAUGUUCUUACCAAUUUCCCCAUAAAUCUGCAGUACUCCAUGGAUAAAAAGAAUGUUAAUUGCAAUGGCUAGUUAAUUGGUUUAUCAAAAGUUAAGUUUAAAAAACAACAAUGCCUUCUUGCCAACAGAAAGCUGCGUUGAAAGAACUGUCUUAGAAUGCGAAUGCUAUUGCAUUAGUUUCAUUGAGCUGUCCGGAAGAGAGUAUAAUUGACAUCGCUUAUUAUUAUUACCGUUAAGCUUCUUAAUGUCGUACGCUCCUUCCCAACCAAAGUCCCUGAAAAACCUUUACUGGCAGUGCCUUCUAAUUACCAGACAAUAAAAGUUGGUGAGGAAGGGGUUUUCCAACUAAUCCUGUCCUUGUGGUUGUCCUUGAGCUAAAUGGGAGCCCCGAGAAGCAAGGUUGCCGAGUUUGCUUCUGACUACCUUUUACAGUUCGGAGAUUCAUCUUUCUCUCUUCCAGUAAAGCAGGAUUGAUAGUUCAGCUGUCUGUCGCCUCUCCAUUCCAGCUUUCUGUGUUUGAGAAAAGAGAAUUGAGCAACUAGAUUGUUUUGAAAUGAGGGCAGGAGAGCUUUUGUUGGCCCUACUAAAACACAUUGGUGAGAGAUCAGUCCACUGAAAACCCUUUCCUGUGAAAUAAGGCGAGCAGGAACAAUCGGCAUGUGUCUUUGAUGCUGAGAAGAGUGAUUCAUCAGAGCUGGAGUUCCGAAAAAUGCUGGAUGUAACUGCUGAGGUGAAAUGCUGAUCAGGGAGAUUUUUAAUCUCUCUUGGUCUUGAUGCUUUAUGUAAGAGGGUAACAUGUGACCUCAAGCUCUGUGGUGGCAUUACUUUUCCUUCUUUCUGCUGCCCGUAACCGGCAAAUUUUCAAUACUGCAGACGCAUCUAGCAGGGAUUCUAAAAAAAUAUUCCUUUUAAAAUAAGGCACUGCCAGGUUCAAUUUGUAUGAUAACCGCUAAUCCUAAAUGCAUUCGCGCUUACAUGUUUCUUUUGCUGUCUGGAUGUACAGCCACUUAACCAGUGGACACAAAAUAGAGAUUGAUGUAGCUGUCAGUUCUCCAGGGACAAGUCCUCCACAAGUCAUGAAAGUGUUUUUGGACUUGGAGCAGCAUCUUAAGAGGUAACGGUAAAAUUUUGUUUGUUGAAUUAUAAGCUCUUGUUACGGUUUUCUAAAAAGCAAGCCCUGUCUGGAAGCGCAAUUGCUUUCUCUGUAUAAAACAAUGCAGUGGUUUCUCGAACUUUUUUUUCUUCUCGGCCACACUUUCAGAAUAAAAAUUUGCUUGCACCACACCAUUUUUUUUAUUGCUAAGAAAUACAUUGGAAAACAAAAAGAAACAACUCCUAGCAGUGCUUGGUUUUGAAAGGAUAUCUAUCCAUAUUCUGUAAGUUUAAAAAAUAUUUUGAUGCUACGCUCCACUGAAAUGUUUAAAUGUUUGUUUGGUUGUCCUGGAAUCUUUGUAUCAUUCCUGCUACACCCUUUGAGAACCACUGAGAUAAGAGCUGCUUAGCUCAAAAAUGCAAUUAUUAUUAUUUUUAACAGAACGGUAGAUGUAUUGACUUAGCUGAAUAAAUUCUGUGUUAUUUAUAGCUGUGUAUUAUCAUUAAAACCAGUACUUUUGCUCUCUUCUGAGGAAAUCAGGCUGAAUCUAAUAGACUCCACUUCCAAAGCCCAGCCCUGUUUGCGAAUGGGCUUGUGCUGGUCACUAGCCCCGUUGCUGAAUUUUAUCUUUUCGUUAGGCAUAAGGCAAUCAUUCUUAACUUUUUGCAUCGUGAACCCCUUUGAUGAUGAGAGCUAUGGACCCCCUCCCCAGAAGAAUGCACCUAGAAUCAUAGAAUUGUAGAGUUGGAAGGGAACCCAAAGGUCAUGUAGUUCAACCCCCUGAAAUGCAGGAAUCUCAGCUAAAGCAUUCAUGGCAGAUGGCACACAUACAGACAUACAAUAUUUUGGGGACAAAUUAUUUUAUUGCACUGGCAUAAGGAGACACAAACUACCCUCAAUUUUUGGCACAGUGCACCUGCAGUUUCUAUCUUUGCAGCUUUCAGUGACCCCCAUCUUAUAUUUGUGCAGCUGGUUUCUCCUGUCUUAAGUGCAGAAACUUACAUUGGUUCCUGUUGGAAUUCAUUCUGUUAGCUUGCGCCCAGUUCUCCAGACUGUUACGGUCAUCUUGAAUCCUGAUUCAGUCUUCUGUGGUAUUAACUACCGUCCCAAGUCUGCAUAUUUGAUGAGCAUCCCUUCAGUUACUUCCAAGCCAUUUAUAAAGACGUUGAACAACAACAGGGCCAGAACAGAACCCUGUGGCUCCCUACUUGUCACUUUUCCCAGCAUGAUAAGGAACCAUUAGUGAGCACUCUUUGGGUUCGGUCAACCAGCAACAAAUCCACCUAACAAGCUACCUUGUCUAGCCCAUAUUUUACCAGCUUCCUCGCAAAAAUGUCAGUUGGGGGGGUUAGCAAAAGCCUUGUUCAAAUCAAAAUACACUAUUGUCCACGGCAUUCCCCUAAUCCACCAAGCUUGUAACUCUGGCAUGACUUGUUGAGAAACUCGUGCUGGGUCUUAGUAAUCACAGCAUCCUUUUCUAAGUGCUCGCCAGACAGGCUGUUUAAUUAUUUGUUCUAGGACCGUUACUCUUUUCCUAUCUUGGGCUACAACUCCCUCCUUGCAUCAGUUAUUCUGUUAUCACAAGGUUGAGCACUGCUUUCCUUUUAGGUGAAGGCAGAGGUAAAGUUGGUGUUGAGCAGUUCCACCUUCUCUCUUGUCAUCCAACAGCAUUUCUCUGUCUUCACGCAGGGACCCACUACUUCCAUGUUCGUCCUUUUGGUUUGAGCAUAGCCGGGGGGGGGGGAACCUUUAUUAUUUUUAACCUCUCUUGCAAACAAGAUCUCAUUCUGAGCUUUAGCCUACAACUGUUGGCUACUCUUACUUCAUGAUUUCCCCUUUCUUCCAUUUCUUAUACAUGCCCUUCUUAAAUCUCAGCUCACCUUUCAGUAGGGUGUCACCUACCACCAACAGACAUCUCUCCCUCCUUUGGGGAGUGGCAGGAAUCAUUCUGUACACUGCCCCUUCCACAGCCACCUGGGUAUAUUUUGAGGUCCGCUCUUGCUCCUCUGACCCAGAAGCAGUGUCCAAGGUCAAUUUUGCAGCUCCGGUCACACAACAUGACUCCUGACAGUCCUGUUUCUGUGUGUCAUAUUCCCCCAGAAGUUCCUCUCCUGCACUGGGCGACCUUCCUCCUCCCUAGAGGCACCCCACCCCCAUGUCACUGUUUCUGCUCUAUCAAGAAAUUCCGCAUUUUGCCUGAUAAUUCAAAGUGUCAAUAGGUUGGCCUCAAGUCGGUGGACCUUCUCUUCCUGCAAGGCAACCAGCUUGCACUUGCUGUAGUAGGUGUAAUUUCUCACAUUCUCAGGUGCAGGGAGGCAAGCAUGGCGCAGGUGUUGAUGCAGCUCCCUUGCUGUCCAUGUUGCCUGAUCCUGUGUACAAACUGUCGGCUUGCAUUUCUUAGUGCAGAAAGUAUUGAUCUGAUGUGUAGAGAUCUUUCCUAUUCUAAUUAAUUCAAGAAGGUCCUGGAUACUUCUCUGUGUGAAAGAAACAAGCAGAAGGUUCAUGAUGUUUCGGUUAUUCCUUCAGAGAAGCCGAGCACAGCUGGCUUAAACUGGUUCUCUUAUCUUUUUCUGCCAAGGGCAUGCUGACUAUAAAAGUAAGGCCAGAAGGAGCCUAGGUUUCACUUUCUCUUUCUAUCUCUUGUCCUUCUGGUGUGGUGUUCUG